AUGGGACGUUUAGGUGCUGCCGGCGAGAGUAGCGGCGGAGACGCAUCAUCACCGCCACCAUCAUCAUCCGGAGGAUUCCAAUGUUUGUUUAGGAGAAAGCGAGGUGACUCCAACAACAACAAACGAGUAACGUCUCAAUUGGCCAAGAGGCUCUCCGUUUUCGACCUCGUCGGCAUUGGAGUUGGAUCAACUAUAGGAGCUGGAGUUUAUAUACUCAUUGGAGCUGUUGCAAGGGAGCAGACAGGGCCAGCUCUAACUUUCUCUUUUCUAUUAGCUGGAACAGCAGCUGCACUUUCUGCAUUAUGUUAUGCAGAGCUUGCGUGUCGAUGGCCCUCUGCUGGCAGUGCCUAUCAUUACUCGUACAUUUGUGUUGGAGAAGGUGUUGCAUGGUUGAUUGGUUGGUCCUUGAUAUUGGAAUUUACGCUUGGUGGUGCAGCAGUGGCUCGUGGGAUAUCCCCAAAUUUGGCAUUGUUUUUUGGAGGUCAGGAAAAAUUGCCAGCUUUUUUGGCUCAGAAAAGUAUCCUUGGAAUUCUGGUAGAUCCAUGUGCGGCAUUCUUGGUGUUUAUUAUGACUGGCCUCCUAUGCACUGGCAUCAAGGAGAGUUCAUUGGCCCAAUCAAUUAUUACAACUAUUAACAUUGGCGCCAUGCUCUUCGUAUGUAUAACUGGAGGAUAUCUUGGAUGGAAGUCUGGAUGGGUAGGAUAUCAGAUUCCAACAGGAUACUUCCCUUAUGGUGUGAAUGGUUUACUAGCUGGAUCAGCAACCCUUUUCUUCUCAUUUGUUGGCUUUGAUUGUCUCACCAGCACAGCAGAGGAGGUGAAGAAUCCUGAACGUGAUUUGCCCCUUGGUAUUGCUAUAUCACUGUUCAUGUGCGCCACUCUUUAUAUGCUUGUUUCUGCUGUUAUUGUUGGGCUGGUUCCUUUCUAUGCGUUAGAUCCGGACACCCCGAUUUCGUCUGCAUUUGCCAGCUACGGAAUGUAUUGGGCUGUUUACAUUAUAACUGCCGGAUCUGUAACUGCUUUAUGUGCGAGUUUGAUGGGCGCAAUACUCCCACAGCCUAGAAUAUUGAUGGCCAUGGCUAGGGAUGGACUCCUUCCGUCACUUUUCUCAGACAUCAAUAAGCACACCAGAGUUCCCGUCAAGAGCACUAUAUUAACAGGGAUGUUUAUUGCAAGCCUAGCUUUCUUCAUGGAUGUGUCGCAGUUGGCAGGGAUGGUUAGUGUGGGCACUUUGCUUGCUUUCACCAUUGUGGCUAUUUCGGUCUUGGUAAUCAGAUAUAUUCCACCUCCUGAGGUGCCUCUUUACUUAAGGACUGAGCAAUCAGUUGAAUCGUCAUUUCCGACUGACAACCAUUCUAAAGAAUCUGGCAGUGUAACAAUUCCCCAUCCUGCUGGUGGUUGCCACUGUAUUGGUCAAUGUUUCUGUGGUAAUACAGAGAACACAAUAAAGAGUCCCCUUCUUCAGUUAGAUGCUGUCCAAGAUUCUCUGAACGAACAGAGAAGACGGAAAAUAGUUUCUUGCAGCAUUGCUUCAAUAUGCAUAGGGAUUUUUGCUCUGGCAUCAGCUUCUUCAGCUGGAGAUUUUCUUUGUGUUGCUCGCUUGAUAUUCUGUGGAUUUGGUGGGGUUCUUCUAUCCAGUGGGUUAUUGCUCCUCUCUUUUACAGAUGAAGCUGAAGCAAGUCCCGGAUUUGGGUACUCUGGAGGUUUCACAUGCCCGUUCGUCCCUUAUCUACCUGUGGCUUGCAUCUUUGUGAAUACAUACUUAUUAACUAACCUUGGGUAAGUCUCCUAAUUUCAGGGUUUUAUUCGUUAUUUUUCAGACUAUAAUAGCCUUGAGUAUCUGAUCUCAGAUUAGGUACCUGGAUACGUGUUUCUGUGUGGCUGGUACUGGGUGCCUUAAUAUACACGUUCUACGGUCGGUCACACAGCCGACUGAUAGAUACUUCCCUGUCCGAAACACUUGUUGAGGAUGUUAACCUCAUGUGAUAGGAAUCAGCUUUUACAGAACUUGUUGUAAUAUACCCGUUGCAGGCGCUGUUCUUGAAGCAACAACAGAUUACCUUUGCAUAGUUCUGUUCAAUAUUCUGCCAAUAUUAGUUAUGUACAAAAAAUAUACGAAAGUAACUGUUUGAUUGAAUACCUUUAGGCUAAUGGUACUAAUACCAAGAAGAAUUCUCGGUGUAUCUUUGUACUAUGUACUUUUAAUUUAACGAUAUAUCAUAUAUGUGCCAUGGUGCCACUAUCAUGGUAUCCAGACUUCUUCGAAAUCAAAGGAGCAAAUGAAAUCUUUGUGAGAAACAUGGUGAUGUGACACUAGAAGAUAUGACAAUGUGCACUAAGGUGCAACCUCCUUCAACAUUUAGGUUUUUUGGUACCAUGUCCAAUUCAGUCGGUUGCUCAGGUACAAACAACUUUUUUUUUUUUUUUCCUUUGGUAAAAGUAUAAUAUACAGAA